AGAGUUACAUACAUAACACCUGCCAUUUUUAUAUUUGCAGAUCUUUGGAACAAAAUACAAACAAUACCAUGUUCAGUCAUAGACUCGCAGACGACUCCUGUGCUUGUAAAUGUUCCAAAUGGAAAUAAAAUGUUGGUUGCCACAGGCGACGAUGGAAGUCACUGCGUGAUGCACGUGUACAGUCAUGGCCUUGUCACUAUUGAUAUUCAAUAUGACCUCACUUCCGAUGAUGCCAAAAAGAGACUGAGCUAUAUUGCCUUCUCGAAAAACAAAGGUAUAGAGUCCGAAAUACAGACUUUACUUGGAAAGAAAUGCCUAUAUACACGAAGCGUUCCGUCCGCGAUAAAGAGAGGAAAGAUUUGUCCAUAUUUCCAACUGGGGGAUGAUAGGCUAUGGGAGAUUCAUCAAACAACACAGCUUGUGACAGAAGUAAACUCGCCCUGGCAGAAUAUAAAGAUUUACAAAACACCGGAUUGUGGAAACAUGCUCUGUCUUGAUGAUGAAAUAAUGAUAGCGGAAUCAGACAACAUCUACACGUUGACGUUACUUGGCAUCAACAGAAACGUGUAUAAAGAUAAAACUAUUCUUAUCCUGGGAGGUGGAGACGGUGGUCUUCUUCAUGAACUGCUAAAAAUGUUACCACAAUAUGUCCUUAUGGUGGAAAUAGAUAAAGAGGUAAUCAACGCAUGUCGCAAACAUUUACGUGGUGUGUGCGGAGAUACUCUCGACAAUCUAGAUGGUCAUAAUUACAAGAUCCGUAUAGAAAAUUGUGUGAAUGUGCUGAAAGAACUCGCCGAGGAAAAUCAAAAGUUUGAUUACGUCAUCAACGAUUUAUCCGAAUAUCUUUUAGAUACAGAAAAGGGUCACGACAACGACUUCACAACAACAGCGAUUAUCCUCGAACGCUCAAUGAAAGUACUGAAUGUUGGUGGUAAAUAUCUAUCACGAGGGGACAGUGAGAGUAACGUGCCAUCGAUUGAAUCGUUCGGCAGAGAUGUUACUGAAAAUGGAUUAAACUUCAAGACAUUCAAAAUAGAUGUACCUUCUUUUAAAGAAAAAUAUUGUUUAUUUGAAGUGUGGCGUGCAUAGCAGAAUUGAUUCUGAUUGGAAUUAGCUUUAUGAGAUUUUGCACUAAAAAAAUAAAUACAUUUUAACCACUAGAAAACACUUUUGCACUAUAAAAGGGGUUGUACUGAAAGGCCCAUUAUGUCCAAGAAAAGACUAUUUUUAUUUCUCAAAAGCUUUUUAUUUUAUAAUUUUGAAGUUCCCAAAAAGUUACUCAUUAGGCGAUUACGUGAACCAUCUAUUCCUCCUAAUGCUUUUAGGCAUUUAGUAGUUAUAGUGAUUCUGCAUUUUGUAUGGGACUCAAAAUACUUCUUUGUUUACAUUUUGCUCCUUUUAUUACAAAUUAUUUCACAUUUAGUGCUACUUUCUUCAGGUAAUAACUGCAGCAUCUACCUGGCUCUAAGACCAUUUAAGCGUUAUAUAAUUCAUGUUUGCCAUUCCGAAAGAAGUAAAUAUUUAUUCUUUUCUAAGACAUAAUUUGCCUUUAAACAGACCAAUGUCUUUAUAAUUUAAAGACCCUGCGCGCAGACUUUAUAAAAACCUCAAAUAUACUUAUGGCCAAAUAACUACAUGUAAUAGAAAGUAAAGAGGUUUCAGUACCAUGUAUGAUUCAUUAUGAUUAUGUAACAUAAAAAAUAUCUCCGAUCUCCAUGUACACUUGGUUUCAUGCAGACCAACAAAUCACGAUAAAAGAUACCAUCCAAUAUAUAAGAUAUUAUACCGUCCAAUAUAUAAGAUAUGAUACUAUCCAAUAUAUGAGAUAUGAUACCAUCCAAUAUACAAGAUAUGAUACCAUCCAAUAUAUAAGCUAUGAUACUAUCCAAUAUAUGAGAUAUGAUACCAUCCAAAAUACAAGAUAUGAUACGAUCCGACAUACAAGGUAUGAUACUAUCCAAUAUAUAAGAUAUGGUACAAUCCAAUAUAUAAGAUAGGAUACAAUCCGAUAUAUAAGAUAUGUAUAAGAUAUGAUACCAUCCAAUAUAUAUAUGAUAUGAUACUACCCAAUAUAUAAGAUAUGAUACAAUCCAAUACAUAAGAUAUGAUACAAUUAUAUAUAUAAGAUAUGAUACUAUCCAAUAUAUAACACUCCUUUCUCACUACCUAGUAAAAAACAAAGGUAAAUGUUUACUUAUAGAAAUUUUAUCAUUUUAUAGCAUUUUGAUUGAAUAUUUUAUAAUAUCAUAUACUUUAUUUAAGAAACAGUCAAUCUAUUUCACUUCACAUUGCAUAUUUCAUAAUAAUUAUUUUUCAUACAAACAGAAAAUUCUAAGAAACCUCAGGUAAUAUCUACUCUAAAUUUAAAGGUUUAAUUCAUCUAAUUUAGAAAAUAUUUUGAUUCAUUGAAGUCCUUAAAGGGACUCCACUGAGGGUUGUUUUUACAUGACAGCAUGUAAAAUAUUUUUCUGAAAUUUAUGUACCAAUUGAUUUAGAUCUUAUCCAAUAACUUGUAUGCAGUUCAUUUCCUCACCCUGUUUCUCCAGAAUAAUAUUUUCAUUGUAAAAAAUGGCCCAAAAAUAAAAGGUGUUGCAACGCCUUUCACAACAUGUUGAUUAAGAAACGCAUACAUAAAGAUUUUCAAUUUAAAUCUGAGUAUAUUUCUUUGUUAUCCUUUGCAAAUGUUUCCAUUAUAAGUGCUUCACUUGAUAUUUGUAAGAUUUUCAAAUUUUAUGCUUUUAUGCCUAUGAAUAUAUCAACUAAAAUAAUGGGAGUAUAUAAUAACACUUUGCUAUGCACAAUUUAAGCAGCAUUGAUUUAUCAUUUUGUAAUAUUCAUAUGCAAUUUGUAUCAUUGUAUUUUUAUAUAAAAAAUAAACAGUAAAGUAAAA